AUGUUUCAAACAAGUGGACUAUUCGGACAAGCCUCUACUACAACAGGUGGUGGUUUGUUUGGUACAGCAGUAACACCAACAUCAACUGGUGGUAGUGGAUUAUUUGGUACAAGUACAUCAAUAGCUCCAACAUCAACUGGUGGUGGAUUAUUUGGCACAAGUACAGCAGUAACACCAACAUCAACUGGUGGGGGUGGAUUAUUUGGUACAAGUACAGCAGUAGCACCAACAUCAACUGGUGGUGGUGGAUUAUUUGGUGGUGGUGGUGGUGGAGGUCUUACAUCAAGUAUUGGUCCACAAGGUGGUGGUGGUCUAUUUGGAAGUACAACAUUACCAACAUCAACAAGUGGUAGUGGUCUAUUUGGUGGUCAAUCUUCAAUUGGAUUUGGUCAACCCAAUAGUGGUAGUGGUAGUGUUAGUGGUGGUCUAUUCGGCUCUACUUCAGUACAACAACCACAACAACAACAACAACAACCACAACAACCUUUAAUUACAGAAUCAACUAAAUUCUCUGAUUUACCACCACAAUUAAAGAAUGAAUUACAAAUUUUAAAUAAAAUGAUUAUAAAUAAUAAUUCAUUAAUGAAUUCAUUUUCAAAUUAUGAUACAAAGAUAAAUGAAAUAUCGAUUGGGUUGGAUCAAGUUGCAUCAGUUAUGGAUAAUUUAUUUAACAAUUUCGAUAUUCAUAUUCAAUCAUUUAAAUAUUUAGAAGAAUCAUUAGCAAAACCAUUGAAUUCAGUGAAUGAACAAGUUCAUCUUUUAUCAACACAAUUUCAUUCACCAUUUUCACAAGCAAGACCUUCAAAAGAGAUGGAAAUUAUCGUUGAUAGUUUAGUUGAAAAAAUUGAUCGUAUUAAACAAACUAUAUUAUGUGUUACUCCAACUAAUAAAUCACAAUCUCAAAAUUUAUCAUUUCAAGAAUCAUUUAUAUCAACAUUACAAUCAAAUCAAAUUAUAUUAAGAAAUUUAGCAUAUAUAGUGGAUAAUUUAGUAACAGAAUUAGAAAGACAUAAAAAACACUUUUUAUUAUAUAAAAAAAAAUAUUAUAAUCAAAAUUAUAAUCCAUUUCUAAAACAACCAAAAUUAAAUGAAAAAACAGAUUAUCAUGGUAGUAGUAGUCUUCAUCAUUCUCAUUUUUCACAAUCAUCAAAUCUUUUAUCAUCACAAUCAUCAUUAUUUGGAUCUUCAAUGUAUGGAAGACAAUCUCAACAACAACAACAACAACAAAACCCACAACAAUCUCAAUAUUUACAAUCAUCAACAUUUCAACCAAUACAAACAUCAACAUCUUUUUUUAAUCCAACAUCAACAACAACAACAACGUCAUUUGGCUUAACCAAUAAUAAUAAUAAUAAUAAUAGUUUGGCAAGUAAUAAUAGUAGUGGUGGUAGUAGUGGUUCUAGUUUAGGUAGUUUAGGUAGUUUAGGUAGUGGUAGUGGAAGUGGAUUAUUUGGGAGUACAGCUACAAAUAAUAGUUUAGGUAGUACUUCAAGUAGUGGUAGUACAAGUAGCUCAAUUGGUGGAUCAAAUUCAAUCGUUAUACCACCAUUAGCAAUUGGAUCAAUCACUAAUAAUAACAGUGGUGGUGGUUUAUUUGGGAGUUCUAACUCAUCAUCAAACUCUUUAAAUUCAUUAUCAACCUCAUCAAGUAAUCUCUUUGGACCACCUCAAACACCAACUUUAUCAGGACAAGGUUCUACACUUGGCUCUGUGGUUUUUCAAUCUCUGGUUCAGCUUCAAAUUUAG